UCCGUCACCGUUCACAGCUAGAAAAACAUGAUCCGGAGAAGAUCCUGCGCUUCUUUGACGAAGACAACAUCUGAUCUCAACCAAACCCAGUGACCACCGCUCAUCGUUUGCUCCCUGCUGAACUAUUUUCUUCUCCCGAUCUAUCUCCCGCACCUUUUCUCCCUCACUCUUCCUGCGCUGGAUCUUCCGUGCCAGAAAAUCAUGUGCGUGGAGAGCGAUGGGUGCGAGAUUGAAGGCUGCAGCAGUUCGGACGAGGUGCGCACGCUUUCGGGCAGCAUGAGCCCCAGUCUGAAGCCCAGCCCGGACCUUCACCCCUGCAAACCGGGCCAGAAAUUCCGUGCCGCGCUGCUCAAAUGCCGCUCACCGGCUGCCGCUGCGGGAAUCCUCAGCUUUGGGAAUGUCCUCAAUUACAUGGACAGAUACACAGUGGCUGGCGUUCUGCUCGACAUCCAGCGGCACUAUGAGGUAUCUGACAGUGGAGCGGGCUUGUUGCAAACAGUUUUCAUCUGCAGCUUCAUGGUGGCUGCUCCCAUCUUCGGUUACCUGGGCGACCGCUUCAACAGAAAGGUCAUCCUAAGCUGUGGCAUUUUCUUCUGGUCUGUUGUGACCCUGUUGAGCUCGUUCAUCAGCAAAGAGCACUACUGGCUAUUUGUGCUCUCCAGAGGAUUAGUAGGCAUCGGCGAGUCCAGCUACUCCUCCAUCUCUCCCACCAUCAUAGGAGACUUAUACACAAACAACAGCCGCACCAUGAUGCUCUCUGUCUUCUACCUGGCCAUCCCCUUGGGAAGUGGCUUGGGUUACAUCCUGGGAUCUGGUGCCAAGGAUGCUGCUGAGGACUGGCACUUUGCAUUAAGGGUGUCCCCAUUCCUGGGCAUCACUGUGAGCGCUCUGAUCCUGGUGUUUGUGCCUGAGCCAAAGAGAGGCAGCGCGGAUCACAUGGGAGGACGCAUCAAGGCCUCCCCAUCAUGGAUCAGUGACAUGAAGGCCCUCGCCAAGAACCGGAGCUACGUGUUCUCGUCCCUGGCAUCGGCAGCGGUGUCCUUUGCCACAGGUGCAUUUGGAAUGUUGAUUCCUAUCUACCUGUUCCGAGCGCAGGUGGUGCAGAAGGAAGUAGAAGCCUGCACGAAAAAAGUUUGCAGCAGCAAAGACAGCCUUAUCUUCGGGGCGAUCACCUGUGUGACAGGGCUGUUGGGCGUGGUCAUCGGGGCUGCCACCACACGGUUCUGUCGCCGGAAGACGGAGCGGGCUGACCCGCUUGUGUGUGCUGUCAGCAUGCUGGGCUCCGCCAUAUUCAUCUGCCUGAUCUUUGUUGUGGCCAAAAACAGCAUUGUUGGAGCUUAUGUUUGCAUCUUCAUCGGAGAGACGCUGCUGUUCCUGAACUGGGCCAUAACAGCAGACAUUUUAAUGUUUGUUGUCAUUCCCACACGAAGAGCAACAGCAGUUGCCUUUCAGAGCUUCACCUCUCAUCUCCUGGGUGAUGCAGGAAGUCCGUACCUCAUAGGCAGGAUAUCUGAUGAGAUUCAGAAGAGCUACGCUUCAUCUGAACUAUGGAAGUUCCUCAGCUUGGGCUAUGCCCUCAUGCUGUGUCCCUUCAUCAUUGUCCUUGGGGGCAUGUUUUUCCUGGCCACAGCGCUGUUUUUCCUGGACGACAGGGAAAAGGCCGAACAGCUGAAGAAGCUGAUGCAGGAGCCUCCACCUUCUUCAGUCAAGGUAUGACCAGGUGAUAAGCAAACAAGGACCUAUCUGCACAGACGUUUAAGGGAUGACAAAAUCGUGUUGAAGAAGAACACUUCUGUCCUCCGUCCUUUUGUCACCCCCUGCUUCUCUUGGCUCCUGCUGCUCUCAUUUUUUACACUCGUGGAGGCUACUCUAAACUGGAAAGGGGGAACGGAGCGUCUUGCUCCUCCUUGAACGCUCUGGUGAGGAUUCACUCAAAGUAGAUUUUUUGACAGACAGAGAACUUCUCACCUAAGUCUGCGAGGAUCCACUGAACCUUCCAGGGAGGGGACGUCCUCAACCCUUCUGACUUUUGAUGCCAUACUACUGAAUGCUGACAUGAACCUGCCCUGUCUAUCUGCCUGCCUGCCUGCCUGCCUGCCCAACAGUAUGUCUCUUAUUUGUCUGUCUGCAUCAUCCAUCGGAUGUUAGUCUGCACCAAGUGCCAUAGCCUCAUUACAUUCCUAUAGACUUUGCACAGACCACCAACACCCCUCAUAACUUCCUCACAGACUAUGUUUACAUGCACACUACACCUUAUCCAAACAAAAUGAAAGUUUUCCACGAAUUAUUCUGACCUUGCGUUAAAGUGACUUCAUUUGCAAUGAGUUAUGCAACUACACCAAAACAUGCAGUAGAGCAGUUUAUGUGACUGAACAUGGCUUAAAUGUUAUUCUGUCCACUUUAAUUACAGUAUUAACAUUACAAUUCCAGUUUACAUGAUAAAUGCAGUGUUCUGCUAAUUAAUUAUGAUGUGCAUGUAAACAUUAAAGUCAGCUAAGACCCAAAAAAGUGUUACUGUUUAAAGAUCAGUGAAUCAGCCUUAAGAACAGCAGCUUUUUCCCACCUGCAGAUGUUUCCUUUGACCCCUCAUACAUGUUUUCCUUCGAGAUUUUAGCACUUAAAUGAGUGUAGACAGUACCAGAGAACAUAACAGAUGUGAGAGCUUUCUGCACAUUAUUUUUUGUUUUUCUUUUGUGUAUGUGCACGUGUGUGUGUGUGUGUGUGUGUGUGUGUGUGUGUGUGUGUGUGUGUGUGUGUGGUGUGUGUGUGUGUGGGUGUGUGUGUGUGUGUGUGUGUGUGUAAUGAUGAAAUUUAAUGCUGGAGGCUGCAUGCCCAUGAUUGUUUCAGAAGGAUCAUGAUGCUGUUCGGGUGAUCUGACGCAGACACUGGAUUUUUAGUUCUUUAGUUUGUUUCGUAAUUUAUUAUAUACAAGCUUAUAUAUGCUUUUCCGAAAAGAAAAUGCAAUGCUACUCUUUGGACUUGAUAAGAGUGACACCUGUGUUUUAUGUAUAUGAAAAGCAAUACAAAAAAAGGAUUUUUUUUGUCUUCUUUUGAGAAAACGAACCAUUUUCUAUCCUUACUGCCUUAUCAGCAAGCUGCUUUCCCUUUAGACAGGUGGCUUUCUGAUGGUUGGUUUUAAGUUUCUGGACACAAAAUCGGCCACACAUGCACGGAGUGGCUUUUAAUGAAGGGUUCUAGUCCAGUCCUGGAGGGUUACAAUAACAGGCAUUGUGAAGAGAGACGUUUCCACCAUGCAGCUGUAGACAUCUGAUCCCACAUAUCUGCAGAGAGAACCUUUGCUGGAGACACAGUCAUCAGCUAAUUAGUGAUUGGAAUCAAAAAUCCAAGACAGGAACCGGAAAGCCUUUAACAUCAUGUUAAACUGAUGUCUAGGAAUUUGGAUGCUUCCAAUUAGAUGUCUGUACAGGAGCUAUAAUGCAUAAUGAUACAAAUGUUUAUAGGAAAAAUAUAGUAAAACUUAAAAUCAUGUUCAGCGAAAUUAGUCAGUCACUGGAAUCAAAUGAUUUUCAGGUUCAGUGACUCUGCCCGGUGACAGGUCAGUCGGAAAUUUAAUUUAAUUUAUUUAUCAAUCAGUAGGUAGAUAAUACUAAUCCACCGGCAAACAAAAACAACUUCACUCUUCAGUUCAGUAGAUGGUAACUGAGUGAAGUUAGCUGCCUUCUGUUUCAAAUGUGUAAAAAAUUUGAUCAGAUAAAGCACAGAGAUGAAAGAAGCUAUUAAAACUAAACUGUAUUUUCCGCAUGUCAGGACAAGUCUGUGCUUCAUUUAGACUACGAGAGAGAGCAAGACUUUAGCAGAUAACAGGAAGGCUAAGUGUUUUGCAGCUAUUUGCUCUUUUUAUCCUUUUGAGCUUUAAUCUCUGUUCGUUAUGGAACAUGCUGGAUUUGGAAAUGUUGUCAGCCUUUUGAAGAUCUGAGUUGAGAUAAGGGUCUACACUCUGCUGGAAAUGAAAAUGGAGAACAUACUUUUAGUACUGGUACCUGCAUUACCCCUAAAGUACAGGAAAAAAUAUUUCCAAAAAGAAAAAAAAAAUCUAAAUAGUAAAAAUAUUUUCAAUGCUGUUCCAAUGUCCGCAUAUAUUUAAAUCCUUAAAGAGAUAUCAGCAAAAUGAAUAUUACAAAAACUGUGAUCGGAAAUUGGCCUGCAAUAUUCUGAUUGGUGUAUCUCUAAUCUGAACAUUUUAUGCUUUUUUUGAGCAUAAUACAAUUUAUCAUUAUUCUUAUUCCAUUUUACAUUAACAAAUACAUCUGUGAGGAAAAUAUCAUUUGUUAGAUCAAGUGCUACUAUGUACCACGAAGUAUACUUCAUAGGACCUGAGGGGCACACCUGUACUGAAAGCUGGAUACAGCCAUUACACUUGAAGACUUGAAAACUUUUGCAUAAAGGGGAAAAAAGCACUUUCCAGACCUUUAAGAGAACACAGGAAAAUAUGGGCUUGGGUUUCUAUAGUGAUUUGUGACUCUCUGACCACGCGUGGGCAGCCAUGUGGGCCAGAUCAUUAGCUUUAGCUUCUCUCCAGCUGCAUGGAGCUCUCUGAAUGUGAUUUUGUCCAACCUGCCGUGUUUAUACACCUUCAUCUUCUUAAUGAACUGAGCUUCUUACCUUAGGUUUAUACAGUUUAUUGUCUUUCGUGAUGUUACCAAAUGAGUUUUUUUAUAACUACAAUAGAUAAAUAUAUAUAUAUACAUAUAUGGAGAGAGAGAGAGCAAAAGCUAUAUCCUGCAGUAACUUUAAUAUAUUGUAUAAAUGAUGGCUUGAAUGCAAUGUAUUUAUUUGUUUGUUACCAUAAUGAAGAAUAUUCUAUAGAGGGAAAUUUAUGGUUUGAAUAUACACUUUUUUGUGUCAUUUGGUUUUUAAAUGCCAAGUAGUUCACCUUUAUAUGUAACACUAUUAAUCAACACAGUACCUUUACAGUUCAGAAUCAUCCCGUUAACUGUGAUCAUUUAUCAGACAUCUCUUACAUAAACGGAACAAAAUGCAAUGUGAUAACUUUGAAGAAGCCCGAUGAAACGACGCAAUGCUUUUGCCUUCAUGUUUGUAGCUCUAGUUUGUUUUCUGGUAGAAUACCCGAUCAAAUCAUUUUGCACACUUUAAUGUUCAGGGAAUUAUUUGAAACACAUCCUGGCAUCGUCUUUACAACCUCUGUCGCAGAAGUAUGUCACUUCGUACACAUAGUAAGUGCUAACUUUAAGCUGUCAUACUACAGAGAGGAGGAUGGCUCAUGAACUGUUUCUCUUUGCCAAAUCUGAGUUUGUUUAGCACCAAUUUUAUAGCCUGUUGCAUUGAUUUAUGCUACGUUAAUAAUCACUGAGGUGAUUCAUAAAGUAUGUGCUAUUUCUUGUUAUACAAGAUUCUUGUACAAAGCAACUUAUUUCUGAUGUUUAGCAGAAAACAGAUUUUAUUUUUGUUUUUAGUCAGUAGAGCUAUGUGUCAGAGAAAUCAGAAGAUUUAAUUUUAGAAAUGAACUGUGAUGCUCCAAUCAGGGGGCAGGAAGGUGCAUAUGGUGACUUGUUGAUAUAAAAUGUAAAAAUGUCUGUAAAUCAAAUAAACCUAUUUAAUCACUUCA